AUGACGCCCAAAACCUCACUCACCGAGGCAGUCCAGCACUUCCUCAAUGCUCUAACAGCCUCACCACCCUCCACCCCCAACCUCCUAAAAACAUUCACUACAAACCCACGCCCUCUAAUCCACGAACACGGGCUACAGCAACUAGCUCCGUUCCUCGGGCGGACGUUCACAGGAUCCGAGGGUGUUACGCGGUACUUCGAGAUUCUGGCUCAGUACCUGAGUAUCGAAAAGAUGGGUUUUGAAUCUGAGGAUGCGUGGGUCGUUGAUGAGGAGAGUAUGACUGUUUCUUUGCGUGGGUCUGCGAGGUUCGUUUGGAAGGAGACUGGGCAAGCGUGGGAUGAGACUUUUUUUUAUCGGCUUGGGCUGGCGAGGGAUGAGGGGGAGGGGAAGGUGGCCGUCUGUGAGUAUCGGAUUUGGGCGGAUACGGGGGCUGCGUAUCUUGCUAGGAUUGGGAGGUUGGAGGAUGUGCUUGCUGGGGAUUCUCUUGGGAAAGAGCAGGGUCAGAAGGAUGUACUUGGGGGUGGGUUGAAUGUUUAUGGUUCUUGUGGGUGA